UGUGGAAGGUGAUGCACCAGGCAGUGAGGUGGGCCCAUCUGUGGACACCACUGGUUACAGCUGUGGUCCAGUGACCCACAGUGCCGGGCUUGGCCCCGACCACCUGGACAGCCUCUACGGCCACAUUGUGCUCCCUGGCCAGCAGCGGCCCCGCCGGCCCAAACUCCAGCACUCCCAGUCCAUCCUCCGCAAGCAGGCCGAGGAGGAGGCCAUCAAGCGCUCACGUUCACUGUCUGAGAGCUAUGAGCUCUCCUCAGACCUCCAGGACAAGCAGGUGGAGAUGCUAGAGCGCAAAUAUGGUGGGCGUUUCAUAACCCGGCAUGCAGCCCGCACCAUCCAGACAGCCUUCCGCCAGUACCAGAUGAACAAGAACUUUGAGCGUCUUAGGAGUUCUAUGUCCGAGAACCGUAUGUCCCGACGAAUCGUCCUGUCCAAUAUGAGAAUGCAGUUUUCCUUUGAAGGACCUGAAAAAGUCCACAGCUCUUACUUCGAGGGAAAGCAGGUGUCACUAACAGAUGACGGCACCAAAAUUGGUGCACUCGUGCAGUCGGAGUGUGGCGGGGACAUGGGCGUACCGGCCAAGUCCCCUGCGGCACAGACUGACUUCACAGACGCUAUAACAGAACUGGAAGAUGCCUUCUCCAGGCAGGUUAAGUCUCUGGCUGAGUCUAUAGACGAUGCGCUGAACUGCCGCAGCCUGCACGGUGAGGACAGCCAGCCAGAGCCUACUAGAGGCCACCAGGACAUAGACAGGGAAGUCACUUACCAGGUCAAACCCUCCCACAGCACCUCAGAACACCGCAAACUGGACGAAAUGACAGCCUCUUACAGCGAUGUCACCCUUUACAUCGAUGAGGAGGAGCUGUCGCCUCCACUGCCCCUAUCUCAGUCAGUAGACCGGCCCUCCAGCACAGAAUCGGACUUACGUAUGCGUUCUCUCAACUCUUCCCAUGACUACUGGUCCUUGGCUCAUAAAGAGGACAAGGGAGACACAGACACCAGCUGUCGCAGUACGCCCUCUCUGGAAUGCCAGGAGCAGCGUUUGCGUGUAGACCAUCUACCUUUGCUGACCAUCGAGCCCCCCAGUGACAGCUCAGUGGAGCUGAGUGAUCGCUCUGAUCGCAGCUCUUUGAAGAGACAGAACGCCUACGACCGCAGCAUCAGCAACCAGCAGGGCAGUCCCAAACACGUCAGCCACAGCUUGCCACCCCGAGGACCUUCCAGGGACGAAGAGGCCACCCGCCAUCGGCCACGACAACUGGAGGCCCACCUCGCCAUCAAUGGCACUGCAAACCGGCAGAGCAAGUCAGAGUCGGACUUCUCCGAUGGGGACAACGACAGCAUCAACAGCACAUCCAACUCCAACGACACCAUCAACUGCAGCUCUGAGUCCUCGUCCAGAGACAGCCUCCGAGAGCAGACGCUCAGCAAGCAGACGUACCACAAAGAGACUCGCAACAGCUGGGACUCACCUGCGUUCAGCAAUGAUAUCAUCCGCAAGAGGCACUACCGCAUCGGCCUAAACCUCUUCAACAAGAAACCCGAAAAAGGCAUCCAGUAUCUGAUUGAGCGGAACUUUGUUCCCGACACUCCAGUGGGUGUGGCCCACUUCCUGCUCCAGAGGAAAGGCUUGAGUAGGCAGAUGAUUGGCGAGUUCCUGGGUAACAGGCAGAAACAGUUCAACAGAGAUGUCCUCGACUGUGUGGUGGAUGAAAUGGAUUUCUCAGCCAUGGAGCUGGAUGAGGCGCUCAGGAAAUUCCAGGCUCACAUCAGAGUUCAGGGAGAAGCACAGAAGGUCGAGCGGCUGAUCGAGGCCUACAGCCAGCGCUACUGCAUCUGCAAUCCCGGCGUGGUGCGGCAGUUCAGGAACCCCGACACCAUUUUCAUCCUGGCCUUCGCCAUCAUCCUGCUCAACACCGACAUGUACAGCCCUAACGUCAAGCCUGAGAGGAAGAUGAAGCUGGAGGACUUUGUGAAGAACCUCCGAGGAGUGGACGAUGGCGAGGAUAUCCCGAGAGAGAUGCUGAUUGGGAUAUAUGAGCGGAUUCGGAAGCGAGAGCUCAAGACCAACGAGGACCAUGUGUCCCAGGUUCAGAAAGUGGAAAAACUCAUUGUGGGGAAAAAGCCGAUUGGCUCUUUGCACCAUGGUCUGGGCUGUGUACUAUCCCUUCCCCACCGGAGACUGGUAUGCUACUGCAGACUUUUUGAAGUGCCCGACCCCAACAAACCACAAAAGCUGGGACUGCACCAAAGGGAGAUCUUCCUCUUUAACGACCUGCUAGUGGUUACUAAGAUUUUCCAAAAGAAGAAAAACUCAGUGACGUACAGCUUCCGACAGUCAUUCUCACUGUACGGCAUGCAAGUGCUGCUCUUUGAAAAUCAGUAUUAUCCUAACGGAGUCCGCCUAACGUCUGCCAUCCCUGGAGCUGAUAUAAAAGUCCUCAUCAACUUCAAUGCGCCCAACCCCCAGGACCGCAAAAAGUUUACCGAUGAUCUGCGAGAAUCUAUCGCUGAAGUUCAAGAGAUGGAGAAGUACCGGAUAGAAUCUGAGCUCGAGAAGCAGAAGGGGGUGGUGAGACCCAGCAUGUCCCAGAGCUCCGGGCUAAAGAAGGAUACAGGCAACGGCAACCUGAGUCGCGCUAGCCUGGACGACAGCUACGCCAUCGGGGAGGGCUUGAAGAGGAGCGCCCUCAGCAGCUCCCUGCGUGACCUCUCCGACGCAGGCAAGCGUGGGAGACGCAGCAGUGCAGGAUCACUAGACAGCAAUAUGGAAGGGUCCAUCAUUAGCAGCCCUCACAUGCGACGGAGACCCCCCUCCAGCCGAGACUGCCCAUCCCGCCACAGCGGCCAGUCCCUGCCCAACUCCUCUUCGUUGCUGGGAACCCUGUUUGGCACCAAGCGGGUGAAGUCGCCCAGCCCCACCCCUCAGCCGCACCCCACCCUCAUCUCCCACACCCCACACCCCGCCAACCUGCACCACACGGCCCGGGUGGAGGCGGACACCCCGGGCCAGAUGCACCCCCACCACGCCCAGUUCUGCCACAUGGGCCAGAACCCCCCGCCCUACCACCACCACCACCACUACCACCCGCCGGCCCACAUGCAGCACCCUCCGCACCAGUACCACCCGCCCUCCUCCCAUGGCCAGCAGCCGUCCUACCCGCCUCACCCCCACGCGCAGCAUGGCCACGGGAGCCACCCGCCCCAUCCACCUCACCCAACCCACCCCCCGCAUGGCUCCCACCACCACGGCCCCCCUCCGGCCCCCUCUCCGGCCCCCAGCAGCACCAAGCCCAAACACAGCGGCAUCAGCACGGUGGUGUGAGGCCCCCGAGGAGCAGCUGGCGGCUUGGACUCCAGGCUCGAUGACUGAACUUUGAUUUAACUCUGAGGCUCUCGGUAGACAGGAGGGUCGCACUGUGCAUCGCUGGCCUGCGUCCCCAGGGAGUCGGGGGAUGUGCAGCCAGACUAGAUCCUGUGCCUCCUCCUCAUUUUUUGCUACAAUCUCCAUUGGGGCAGUUCAUUCAAAACCAACUCAUUUCCUUUAGGUUGCUCCGUUUGUUUCAGGACUUGUUUCGCAAGUCGCGUCUGUCUGCUUUAAGAGCAGCAGACAGCAAAGCAAGAGCAUGCACAAAGACCACAACUACUGUUUUUCCUAGAUAAUUUAAUGGGGCAUCUUAUGAAUAUGAUCAAAUAUCUUGCUUACGUGUGUUUUGCAGAAGAAGUAAGUAGUAAAAUUGACAGUAAUGUCGACAAUGUAUGAUUUUAUCUAGUGGAAGGGUGGUUUGGCUGAAACCGGCUUGAACAACAGGCAGAGUUGCCCACAGACAGACAUUCGGCCUCAGCAGUAGCUGUACGAGUAUUUAAUGUAGCAGUAGCUCACAGUACACUGUGAUAUCUCUGUUAGCGGUCAUAAAUGUGCCAAUUAUUGAAGCAUUUACUAAUUUAGUCACACAAAAACUUUGCUUUAUGUAUAUCGUGCAUAUAGUAUUUUGCAAAAUAAUGAGAAUAUUAUCAACUGUUAUUAUGAUUAUUAUUGUUAUUCUUACAAAACAAAUAACAGUCUAUGGCAUCAAUUAAAAUUCUCAGUAUUAUACUCUUAUGUAGGUGGCAUAGUUUCACUAUUAAGAACCCAGUCAAAGCUUUUACUAAUUAGGCAAUUCAGUGAGCUGGAAUACUAUACGGUUGCCUUUGAAUUAGAGCUCUGUCGAGAUUGUUCAAAGCCGGCGCAGACUCGCACGCUGGUGGAAGACGGUCUCAUCCACUGCACCUGGUGUUGGACUUGCUCAGAGUCGAGGCUCCUGCGGUCCGGGAGGGGAAGCCGUGGCGAUCUGCUGAGCAAAACACAUUCAACUUGAGCGUCCGACCUUCAGUCCCGGCUGCUUGUCCACCACCAUUUUAUUUUUUUAAACUAUUUUUUUAGAGUCCAAUAAACAAUCUGAGAUCCUAUAUAUGUUAUACUGAAACAUGAUGACGCUGGUAUGAUUCCUCGAGAGAUAUUCAAGCUUGUUGUGCUCCAGAGGGUUUUGAUUUUUGGAUUUUUCCUCUUCUUUUUUUUUUUUUUUUUUUUUUUUUUUUAAAAGGGGGGUAGCCGACGUGCAAGAAGUGUGAGCAAACUGUGUAGCAGGAAAGCAGCAACGUGGCUGUCAAAGUGUCUCUUCUGACGUGGAAGCUCUCAGCUGGCUGAGUGUGCCCUGUCCCUCUUUUGGUUUUGUUGUGUGUCUCUUUAGCAGUGAGUGUGUCGUGCAGUGCUGUUUACUCCCCUCGAUCUGACUUUACUCUACCUGGAGCCACACGGACGCCAAAGUACAACAAUCAAUACUUAUCAUUCUGCGAUGGUGACAGCGCCCUUACGCUUCACUCACCGCAAAUGGCAGUUCUGUUUUAUAUCAAUCAUCAUUCUGACAUAUUACGGGGCGGCUGAUGGUAGGGUUCAGCCGUCCUGUGCAUGGUAUCAGUGGUGAUGUGUGGAGCUGAGGCAGUGGAGCCGGUGUUUCGGAGCAGGUUUUCUGUUGCAGGGUGAAGGGAUAGACACAGCACUUGUUUUACUUAGCUGAUAUCAGUGGCAGAAAUUAGUCUGUAUCUGCUCAACAACUCUGAGAUGGAUUUUUUUUUUUUUUUUUUUUUACUUUGUAUGUGCAAUAUGUAUUUACUAUUUUGUCCAUGGACAAUUGCAAUCAGGUGGUUGUUCCAUUUUGUUUAGUUAUGUUGUCUUUUUUUCCAAUGUCCUUUGUCAUUUCUUCCUCAAUGUUUCAGUGAACUGCAAGUGUCCACAUGGAUUUGGGGGGACUGGACCUUCCGCAAUGAUAACGAAUGUCACGGAAAAUAUUGCAUGUAACAUUGUAUUUUGAGACUAUUUUCUAUCUAUUGUGUAUUCCCAAACUAUAUCAGUGUUACAGUUGACAGUUGUUGAAAAUGAAUGGUAGAAUAGCGUUGACUUCAACAAAUACAGCUAAACUGAAGUCAAUUCUGUAUUUAUGUCACUCCAGAGGAUAACCAAAUCUGUAUCUUUACUUGAUCAACAUACAGUAGUUUACAGGCUGUCAGUCUGAAUUUUAGUGUACAACAGUAGCUGAAGCUGGAUAUUAUUACAGCUGUCAGAGGGAAGUUCUUUGCCAACAGAAGUCUGUGUUAUCUUUAGAGUCAAGCGUGACAAAAGAUGUAUUCUAUCAUCUGGAAAUCAAAAAUGAUAAUGGACUGCUGCACUUGCAGACUGCAAUGACUACGUGAAUGGAACUAUCUUAUCUGCAUAUUCACCAUCUGUCUUGGUCAAUGGCUCACACAUUACUGUUGUCAAGUGAUGUCCAGUAGAUCAGUAUUCCUCAGACUUCUCUCUAGAGAUGCAAAUAUUCAAAAAAAAACAAACCAACAAGAAAAAGAAAAGAAAAAAAAAAACAAUUACAACCCAAAAUUUAUCUUGCAGUCAUUGUGUAGGCUUGUAUAAGAAAAUGUGCCCCUAUUUUUUGGACAAGAGGUCAAUUCGCCUGCAGCAUUUUAUUCAGCCUCGCUUAUCUCACGGGGACUUAGCAGAGUUCCAACAUUGCCAAAACAUAAUAAACCAAUUUCUUCCAAGUAGGUUGGGGACCAAAAUGUAAUCUUCCAUUGACCCACCACAACACCACAGUCAGCCACUUAACUGCUGUGCUCGGAUCAAACUCUCAUUACGGAGUAGUGAUAAUGGGAUAAUAAGACAGACAACAGCCCGAGUUAAUCAGUCGUAGUUCUCACUCUGAAGUGCGUCAAAUGAAAAUAUGGUCAGUCGUUCCUCUCCGGUUCCUCCAGCAAACUGAUCUAUUGUUAAAAAACCUGUCCAGAUUCUGUGUGAGGUGCUUUGUUGCAUGCCAUUGAUGCCUACCAUUUCUGUCUAUCUUUUCUUUUUCUGUCAUUGUUCUUUUUUAUUAUUCUUAUUAUUUAAAGCUGUUUCAUUUGAUUCAUUUUCAUGCAACAACAGGCGUGACUAGACCCCGAAACUUGCAAUGUAACUUUUGAUUUCUCUUUUGACUGAUGCUUGUUUACAUUGAGAUGAUUUCUGGCUUGCAAUUGUGUCUUUUUUUUUUUUUUUUUCUUUUGAAAGCUGUGUCAUUCUACUUCGGCAUGCAUUUCACCUCAACUUUUCCAUUGUACAGUAUAAAGACGUGGCAGUAUACCGCUGAGUGUAAAUAGCAAAUCCAUCUGUGGAAACCUAAUGUAACUCCUGUUAAAAUAAGGAGGGUGUAAAAGGGAAGAACAUGGUUAAGGGUUGGGGGAGGAAUGAGGAGAAAAGAAGAGAGAGACAACGUGUAAAUAGUAUGUAAAUUAUUAUUAUUAUUAAUACCCAAUAUCUGCAGUUACAUUGAAGGUGCAUUCCUGCUCCCCUCCGAUAUUUACAUAAUCAUGAACUGCUUCUCUCUGCCUCCAACAAUACUGAAUUAUCAUAGGAUCUAGAGAUGAGCAGCCAACUGUUACACGGUUAUCACUGCUUCUUAUUAACGUCCUGAGACGCUCCUGUUCUCUCACACUCACAGCCCACUUUAUAAGUCAAAGGGAAGGGAGGGAGUGCUCUCAUUUUAUUAUGCAUUCAGUUUCUAGGUAGACAAAAACCCCCCUAUCGAUGUAAAACUAGUACUGUGACAAUGUUGAGAACGCAAAAUAAAACGAUAUACUGUAAAAA